AUGAAUCAACUCAGCCAACAAGCAUUGAACGCUAUGGUAUCAAAUACUGAAGAUAUUGUGGAGCGGAGCCUAGAUGCCUUUAAAAGUAAAGUUGUGCACUGUCUGCAUGAAAAUGGCAUCGAACCAGAAGAAGUGCAAGCGUUAGAUACAGUUCUUCAUGACCAAAGCGAUUUUGCCAAAGCCUGCGAAACAUUAAAAACCGAAUACCUCCAGAUCAAGUACUUCGUUGAAAAGUUCCACCUAGUUGUAAGUAUUUUAUGUGAAUUACAUUCAUAGCACUUUCUCAUUGCAUGGGUGAUGAAUUACGGUACCGCAUGCCCCCCUCUUAUCCUGGGACCAGGGGUGGCGGAACAGGGGGGCUAGGCGGGCUAAAGCCCCCCAGAAGUAAAAGUGGGGGGGGGGGCUUAGGCCCCCCAGAAAAUUUUGUUUUUUCUGGAAGAAUUUUGAUAAUUAAGGAAAAAUUUAGUGUAUUUUUUGAAAAUUUAGGUAUAAGGGGAACAAUUUGCAAUAUUUUGUUUAAAAAUUGUGUAUGUCCGGAAAAAAAAUUUUCAUCCCUUUUCUUGUAUAUGUCCGGAAAAAUUUCUGUACCCCUACAAUGGUACACUGACCGAAAAUUUUUUGGCGACGGGGGAAGGUCACAGAAAAAAAUUUUUUAGCCCCCCCAAAAUGAAAUCUGUUCCGUCGCCACUGCCUGGGACAUUGUGGGGUUGACCCUGGCCUGGCCGAAAGUAAAAUUACAAGAAAACAAUAUAUACAGAAAGUUUAUUACUUCAAGCUUUUGUAAAAACACACAUUUUUAAAUAAAAUUCUUACCCCAGGGACCAGAGAGAUGACAUGAAAUCAAAAGCACACCCAUAGUGUAGUUAUAAUGCCCAACUCGAAUACAAGUUUAUUCGCCCCCAAGUUGUAUCACCCCCAAGUCAUUAGAUGUUAAAGUUAUUUCGGCCCCCUGAAAAUCACCGCACAGGGAAUUGUUUUGUUCUUCUAUUGUAAAAAACUAAUCAGCGCAUCGAUCUCUGCAUUUGAUCGAUUGUAGAAAAUGAAACACUUAGCCCUAAUUGUAACUUGUUCUUGCAUGCGUGUUUAUAUAUUUUACAAAAAAUUGUUUAUCACCUUAUCGGAUAGGUUUUUUGGGGGCGAAACAACUUCGACAUCUAAUGACUUUGGGGCGAAAUGACUUUGAUAUCAAAUGACUUGGGGGCGAAUUGACUUGGGGCGAAAUGACCAGAUACCCCCAACUCUCCCAAUUUUCAGGGGUUUCAAUUACCUAGUGCUAAUUAUCAUGGUUUUUGCCAAUGAAAUGAUGCACAUAUUAUUUAUAGCUCUCUCUGCAGUGGUUUGGUCAAAACAAAAAUUAUAUACUUGUGUGUUACAACAUUUCAGUAUACUGUAUUGAAGGCACUUCAUCAUAGUCUUUCCCAAAGAAUUUAGCAUUUGAAAUUAUGAUAAUAUAACAGAAUUAGUCAAAAAUUAAGCCAAAUACGACUUGCUCCGAUUCCAAUCCGGGAUUGUGUAACUGCACUGGAGAAAACCACAGGGCUGCUGAGUGUCCAAGUAAGAGAAGUUGCCAACAAUGCGAUCGACGUCAUCACACAUCCAUCUGUGACCAGACUGGGGAACCAGCAGGAAUUUCCGGGGGGGACGGUGGUAGUAAAAAACUUUACACUACAAACCAAUCGAGCGAAGGUGUUUUCCCUGUUGUGAAUGUGUGUGUAAACGGAAUUUUAUGCAGAGCUUUGAUAGACUCUGGAGCGGGAAGUUCCUACGCAUCAGCAAGGUUAAUACACGAACUUCACAUUAAACCCCUAGAUGUACAAACGAAGAAGAUCGACAUGCUUAUGUGUUCAAAACAAGCACGUUUAGAGACAUACGAAGUUAAGAUUGAAUCAACAGAGAACAAUUUCGCCAUGACAACAAAUUUAAUCAAAGUCGAUAAGCCAGAAUUGCUUUUCGUUGAGAAUCCUGACUAUGAAAAUCUUAUCAAAAAAUAUCCACACUUGACGGGAGUGACCAUAAAAGAUCAAGACAAAAAACCAAUGCUUCCUGUUCAUGUUGUUCUGGGCAGUGGAGACUACUCUAGAAUAAAAACUGAGACACCGCCUAGAGUUGGAAAGGACAUGGAACCAGUUGCAGAGCUGACUCAACUAGGAUGGUUCUUGAUGUCACCAGGGAAAGAAUUCGACAGGAAGACAAUGUUGCUCACUCAAACAAAUCAGUUGGAUUACGAACAGUUGUGUCGCCUUGACGUUCUUGGUGCUCCCGAACACGAUCAACGGGUAGUUUACAACAAGUUCAAAGAACAGCUCACCAGAAACCCUGAAGGCUGGUAUGAGAUGGGAUUGCCGUGGAGAGGGAAUUUCCCAACAUUACCAACGAAUGAACAGGGAAGUCGACACCGGCUCGAAAGCCUGGUUACUAAGCUGAAACGCGAGGUGCUGAUGAGUGAGUACAACACUAUCAUUAAAGAUCAGAAGCAGAGUGGAGUAGUUGAGCCAGCCGAGAGUCCAGCAAAGGGGGUAGAGUUUUACCUACCCCAUAAACUGGUAGUAAGAGAAACGGCGAAAACUACGAAAGUGCGAAUCGUGUACGAUGCGUCGGCCAAACAGACACGUGACAGUCCGUCACUUAACGACUGUUUGCACGCAGGCCCUCCACUCCAAAAUAAGCUAUGGGAUGUACUUGUCCAUCAGCGUGGUUAUCCGGUCGUGGUGUCGGGGGACAUUCAAAAGGCGUUUCUGCAGGUGAGAGUCAGAGAGAACGAACGCGAUGCCCUGAGAUUCUACUGGCGAAGUGAGGAAGAUUCGCAGUUAGAAACGUUGCGAUUUACGAGAGUGUUGUUUGGGUUGGCACCCUCCCCAUUUCUCCUCGCUGGAGUGAUCAAGCAGCAUCUCAACUCAUGGGAAGAAAGGUAUCCUGAUAUCGUCGCAGAACUACGCAAAAGUUUGUAUGUAGAUGAUUUGCUCACCGGUGGGCAAACCCAGUUUACUUACCGAACACUAGCACAUUCACGGAGAAAUUAGUACAAGAAGCACACUUGCGCACUCUCCACGGGGGAGUCGGAUUAACAAUGACACAGAUUCGAAAGAGGUAUUGGAUACCCAAGUUGAGAAGUUUGGCUAAACGACAAAUCAAAGCCUGUUGUGGCUGUCGCAGAUUUCAAGCAACUGCUAUGGUCAAACCGCCACCUGGAGUGUUACCAAAAGAGCGUACGGAGGGAAACCACGCGUUCCAAGUCAUUGGAGUCGACUACGCUGGCCCACUGAAAUACCGUAAGAAGUCGGGGAAGGGAAAGCGUAUAUAGUUCUGUACACUUGCAGUCUUACCAGGGCUCUCUAUCUGGAAUUAACAGCGACCAUGGAGACAAGAGAGUUCCUUCCAACUUUGAAACGAUUAAUUGCAAGACAAGGGAGACCCGAAAAAAUCUUCUCCGAUAACGGUCGUAGAUUCGUGGGAGCAGCACGUUGGAUCAAGACGGUGAUGGCAGACGAGAAACUUCAAGAUUUCCUGGCGGGUCAGGAGAUCAAAUGGCAGUUCAAUCUUAGCCGUGCUCCCUGGUGGGGUGGGCAAUUCGAGCGAAUGGUAGGGUUGGUCAAGAAUUGUCUAUACAAGGUUAUCGGGAAUGGUUGCUUAACCUGGGAAGAGUUAGCAGACGUGUUGUUGGACAUCGAAAUCACACUCAACAACAGACCUCUGAGUUACAUUGAAGAUGAUCUGGAGAAUCCAGUUCUAACACCAAACUCUCUCAUGUUCAUAUCAUCUAAUGUCCUACCGGAAAUGGAAACGCACCAUGUAGAAGAUAGAAAUCUUCGGAAACGAGCCAAAUUCUUGAAACGUUGCAAAGAAGCUGUUUGGAAACGAUGGGCAAACGAAUAUGUGCGAGGGUUACGAGAACGACACAUCAUGCUUAAAGGGAAGCCUUUUACUCUAUCGGUCGGAGACGUCGUUAUAAUUAAAUCAGAUGAAAGAAACAGAGGAGAAUGGCCGCUGGGAAUUGUACACAAACUAUUCGAAGGGAAAGAUGGUGUCGUAAGAGCGGUAAAGCUACGUGUGGGGAAAAGUUUCAUGGAACGACCAGUGCAACAUCUUUAUCCAUUAGAGUUAAGUUGUGACAUUGGAACCAGACAGACAACCAAGACGACCACCGAGUUGAAUGCAGAGGCCACCGAGUUCAGGCCGAAAAGAGACGCAGCUGUUGCCGCGAGGCUUCGCAACCAGAUGAUCGUUGAUGAUUGAAAAGUUAAAGAAACAAUAGUCACAUAGAAUCAGUCUACUGUUAGACAUAUAUCUCCUAAAGAGAUAUAUGGGGGAGUGUGUCGUAGACUGACGUCACACGAUAAUAAUAACUUUAGUUAAGAACUGUCAAUGAAACAAAAUAACAAAGCGAAACAGUGAGCGAGACGAGACAUGGCGAGAUGCAUAUACGGUUUUAAAUAGAUUCUACUUGAGAUUUUGUAAAACAUUAUUAUUGAGAAAACGAACAGUGAAGGGACGAGAGACGAGAAGUUUAUACGAAUGGUUAAACCAUAAAUAAGUAUUCAUAUUGGCGUAAUAAUAAAAGUUAUAAUAUCAACACGAGAGAGUAUAUUAUUUCAUACAAUUUUACGGGGGCAACAAUAUUUACUACACAUUAAAAAUUAGCAUAGGACAACCUGAUAGCUCCGCCAUAAUGAUUGCAUUAUGCCCAAUGUUGUUUCCUUGUCAGAUGAGUAAAAUCAUAAUAUUUUGUAUUGUCAGGAACCAAGGGAAGUAAUCAUGAGUCAACAUACAGAAUUCAGGCUCAUUCGUGGACAGAACAGAUUACAGUUGGUGAAAGAAUCAUUCCAGUAUGUCCCAAUAUUAGAAACACUGAAAGCAUUGCUAAACCAGCCUGAUGUUCUAGCAGAGGUAUAUCAACUUUGUUUCUCAUGUACAGUACAAUAUGGUUUUAAAAAGGUUUUCUCUUUUGUUAAAUUAUUUAAAUAACCUAUUAAUUACCCUGCCUACUCUUUACUUAUACUUACAUGCCCUCCCCCACAGACAAAAUUGGAAGUUAAGCCGCCUACCCCCUUUGGACAUCCUAGUUAUACACUUUCUGCUAUCAGAAACAAAUUUUUCUUCCCUCCCCCUAUGGACGACAGAAAUUUCCUCUAUGGGUAUGGAUCUUUUCUGGAAUGAUUCUCACCAAAACUUUUAGUGUAUCUGAAAGCAUGAUGCUUUAAUUAAGCUAGCUUGAGUCCCAAGAGCAAAUGGUCAAACAAGAGAUGCAUGAGAGUUGACUGGAUCUUAUUGUACCUGUCAAAUUAAUUGGGCAGACACUCUCGUCAACUUUCAUCAAAAUUUGAACCAAUGUCAAUGAGAGUUUGCAGUCAAAUACAAACAAGAAUUUCAACAAUCAUCAACUCUCUGAGAUUUAAAUUGUCAAAUCUUGCAGGUACAUAACCCUCAUCAAACAGAUGAUGAUACAAUUUGUGAUUUUUGUGAUGGGGAAGACUUCAAAACUCAUGAAUUAUUUGGGCAAAAUGCACUUGCUCUUAUUCUUCAUUGCUACUUUGAUGAAUUCCAAGUUACCAAUCCACUUGGAUCAAAGACAAAAAGACACAAACUAGGUAAAAAUAUAUAUUACAAAGUGUCAUACUUCAAUCUACUUCUUUCUGAAUGCUGUGCUAAAUAGUAAUUUUGGGUUAGUCAAGACUCAAGAGGCACUAUUUCAUCACGUUUAUAAUAUGUCAUUGUCCAAAUUUAUUGCAGUGUAUAUCUGUAUUGAUAUGGAUACUCUAGCUAGUAGCAUAGACAGUGGAAUGCGGGAAGGCAAACCAGAGUGGAAGAAAUCAAUGCGAAGAUGUCAAACAAUAUGACAUACUUUAGUGUUUGCAAGUCAAAUGUUCACAGACUCCAGGGAGUAUGCUCCCAGGAAUAUGUUUGCCUACAGCUCCCACACCAGACAUAUUAUCUUUCACUGCCUAUGGAUCGAUUCUAGCAAUUCAAAGGCUGUACGGAAUAUUAAUUACUACAGUAUAUGCAACCUGAAAAACCCAAGUGUCCAAAUUGAUACCAGUGACAAGUCGUAUUGUGAAGUAGAUAAGAUAGUCAUAUCAAAGUACAGUAGAUCUUCAUUAACACCAGCCUGACACCGAGCAGGUACAGUUAGUACUAGUUAUUUUACCCGUAAUUUGUCAAGCAAUUCACAUUAACCCAUUGAGUGGCAGCACUCUCCACCUGACGAGUAAAAUCGUCUGGUGGUAGACAAAGUGAGAGUAAAAUACUCUGGCAUUAGACAGAGUAAAAUACUAAUUAAAAGUAGGGUGCAUUGCCACUUAAAGGGUUAAACUAUUAACCCAUUAAGUCUGCAUUGCACGGUUGCACCUUGUGCUUGUUACUUUAAUUAUUAUUUUACUCUGUUUAAUGCCAGACAAUUUUACUUCUCAAGGGAAGAGUGCUGGAAGUGGAUUAAUUGACUGAUCGUAUAACAAUGUAUUUCUUUUUAGGGGCAUUUUACUUUAUCUUGGGCAACAUUAGACCUUGUUAUCGAUCAUGUACAACAAUGAUCCACCUAAUUGCUCUCUGUAAAGUACCCACUCUGAAGAAGUUUGGAAUUAACAAGAUUUUGAAGCCUUUUAUGGAGGAUGUAAAGAAAUUGGAAGAUGUAGGUUAAUAUGAGGCAUUUUGAUCAGGCAUCAUAUGUCCCUGUUACAAAUUCCAGGUCUGAUAAGCUAAUUUUGAAAAUUUUUCCAUCAUAUUAAUAGGAAAGUGGUGUGUCAAUAAAACUUGAAGGAAAGGAUGAUAUUUUCAGAGGAAGUAUUGGGCCUUUUACUAGUGACAAUCUAGGUGCUCACAUGCUUGGUGGAUAUCCCGAGAGUUUUAACAGUCUUAGAAUAUGUCGAUUUUGCAUGGCAACAAAACAUGAAGUAAACUGCAAGGUAAAUGGCCAUUGCUUUUUGGGGAAUCAAAAGGUUUCAUUGUGAUAACAUAAUGAGAUGUGGGGUUCACUAUCGGUAGUAUUGAAAACAAACUGCAUACAGUGUUUGUUUUGGUUAUACUAUGUGCAAACUCUGAAAUACACGUAUGUACGUGCCCAAACUGAAGGCAGUAUAGUUAUAUAUUAUAAUGGCCAUACCCAAUUGCUUGAUGAAUGGUUUAGCAAUUGAUUACUGGUCACAACCAUUCAGAUCAUCAACAAUCACAGUGAACUUUGUUUUAUAAUUAUACUUGCAUGUCUACAGAAGUUGUCAUGUAAUGCAUCAGUCAAUUCCAGCACUGCCCAUCCCCCGCCUGGGCCACCUCCAGCCCUUCGCAGCUUUUCCUAAUCCCGGGGGUGGGGCUAUCUUAAAUGGUCGGUUCCUGAGUGUAGGUGGCAAAGCAUGCAGACAGCAAGUGAUACAACUGCUUGAAAGAACUUUGAUGUUUCAAGUGAAGGCCCUAAGCUAACUAACAGGUCUAUAAAGUAACUAACAGGGCUACAAAGGUCCACUGUUUAUACAGUUUAUUGUAAAUUAAAACAAUAUUGUUUGAAAUUAAAUUAAAAUGAUUUAUUUUCAAUCACUUAUAUCCUUUUAUUUUUUUUUAUUAACUUAGUUUCAUGAAACAGAUUUCCAGCUAAGAACAAGAUGUGGCCAUGAUCAGCAUUGGCUUUGGUAACUGAAGAUCCAUCCUUGGCAAUGGUAUAUGGUGUGAAAAGCAAUUCAAUACUCAACCAGUCCAGAUUUUUCCAUGUGGUCGAUGGCCUUGAUCCUGAUAUUAUGCAUAACCAAUUAGAGGGGGUGUUGCCCCUGACAGUGAAGCUUAUGUUAAAGCAUUUCAUUCAAGUCGAUAAGUAUUUGACACUUGAUAUGCUAAAUCACCAUAUCAAAGCUUUCAAUUAUGGAUCAGCUGAUGGAACCAACAAACCAAGUGAACUGAAGCCUACUAUAUUAAGUAACGAUUCUGGUUCAAUAAGUCAGUCAGGUAAUAUGGUAAUUAAGUACACUGUGUGUGUGUGUGUGUUGUGGAACUAUCUGAAACUAGCUCAGUCAUUAGUCUUUGAAUGAUGGAGGUACAGUAUGUAUAUACCAUGAAUAAACAUAUAAAAUGAAAAUAUGCAACUCUUUUCUGUUUUAAUUAGCUGCACAGAUGUGGUGUCUGUCACGAUUUUUGCCAUUACUUAUUGGUGAUUUGGUUCGAGAGGAAAAUAGCAGAUGGCAAAACUUUAUCCUGCUAUUACAAAUUGAAGAGAUUGUGUUUGCACCAAAGACCACUGUUCAAUUGGCAGCUUAUUUGGAUGUUCUUGUUGGGGAUUACCAUCAUUCCUAAGCAGCACUACAUGGUACAUUACCCAAGACAGAUUGUGAGGUACACAGUACACUUAAUUAACUAAUAUGAUAUAUUGAUCCCAUUUAGUCACAUUGCACCCCAACGCAUCCUAAUUUAUUAUUUUACUCAGUCUAACACCAGAUUAUUUUACUCUAGGCUGUCUAAUGCCAGAUGAUUUUACUUGUCAAAGGGAGAGUGCUAGAGCUCAACGGGUUAACUAUGAAUUUUAGUUCAUUUUUUGCUCCAUUGAGUUGCAUAUUGCACCCUGAUGCACCCUACAUUAUUAUUUUACUCUGUCUAAUGCCAGAUAAUUUUACUCAUCAAAGGGAGAGCGCUGGCACUUAAUGGGUUAACUGGCCUUAUUUGCCCAUGUGUCUAGUUAAUCCAUUGAGUCGCAUUGCACCCUGAUGUGCCCUACUUUAUUAUUUUACUCUGUCUAACGCCAGAUAAUUUUACUCAUGAAGGGGAGAGUGCUGGCGCUUACAGUCAAACCGGAUGUUCUCUUGCGAGCAACAUUGCAAUAUUGUCCCACAAUAUUGCAAUUUUGAUAGGCAUAUUCCUCUGAGCAAUUUGCAACCGACGCGAACAAAUUGCAAGUUGAAAUUCACAAAAGAUUUGUAAACAAAGCCUCUGAUUGGACUAUAAGAAAGAAGGAAGCCAGUCAAAUAGUCUGAGCGACUGGAUUGGUGCUUCCCUCUUUCUUAUAGUCCAAUCAGAGCCUUUGUUUUCAAAUCGUUUGUGAAUUUCAACUUGCAAUUUGUUCGCGUCGGUUGCAAAUUGCUCAGAGCAAUCUGCCUAUCAAAAUUGCAAUAUUGUAGGACAAUAUUGCAAUGUUGCUCGCAAGAGAACAUCCGGUUUGACUGUAAUGGGUUAAUGCACAAUAUUAUUUCUCUAUAUUUUAGGAGAGGGCCACUUGUGCGGAACUGGGCCAUGUGCUUUGAAGCCAAGCAUCAUUAUUUUAAAAGACUUGUUGGAACAAUCAACAACUUUAAGAAUAUUGAACUGUCUUUGACAAGACGUCAUCAAGCAUUACAAGCAUAUCUGCUACAAAGCUCAUCUGGGAACUUCCUCAAAAUGAAUUUAGAACAUGGGCCAGCUGGUAAGUAUUGUUGGAUCAAAAUCACCCCCCCCCCCACCCUCUCUAUAAUAGCUCCAACCCAAUUUUAACAGAAAGACAUUCAUUAACCCCCCCCCCCCCAAUUCUCUAAUAUUAUCUAGAAUAUUUAUGGCAUUUGUGUGUCAACAAAUAAUACAUGCCAGGCAGAUAUACUAUACAUAGAUUCAUGAAUAUCCAUGAAGUUUUGCAAACCCGAUACAUGUAACUGCCAUAUUAUUUAUCAAAUGUCUUGUAAAAUAUAGCAGCUUAUUAUGUUAUUCUCUUUUCUUCAUAUGAAGAAGUUUUGGUAGAAGAACUGGAUGAUCUAUACACAGCUGAUGAAAGAAUAACCAAAGAGAAUUCUUUGAAAAGGUACAUAACAUUUUUUGCUUGUUUGUUUUACCUUUAUGUAUUUUAAUUAAUUGUAUUAUUUUUUAUUUCAUAUUGUGCAAAGAACAACAUGGGUGAAAGUCAUGGGCACCAAAUAUUGCAAAGGUUCUAUCAUCAUUACUGGUCUAAGUUAUGGUAAUCCUGUUCUUGGAGAAGUGAUCAAGAUAUUUGUUUCUGAUCAAGGCAUUGUUGUGUUGUCUUAUGAAAGGCUUGAGUUAAUCCAGUAUGUCAAACACCUGAAUGCCUACAGAGUGGUAAACUCGGGUGAAGUGGACUAUAUAGCUCAAGAUAAGCUUAUAGACUAUCAUCCUCUUGGGAAACACAAUGGAUUUGGAUAA